UUUAAGUAAUGUGUCAGUGAUUCGGGCCUGCUUCCUCCAACUCUCAACCCUUGUAUGUGUCUAAUUAGCUGAUUAAUUCACAAUAGUAAUAUUCGCGUUGCUUCCUUCAGCGGACUAGCACAAGGGAAGGGCAAUCUCACCUUCGAGCGCCUCUAUACCUCCUCCCUCAGACUGUUAUUUGCCCCUUCACCAGGGGAGGAGCCAGUAAAGGCCGAUCUAACUUUGAUGGCAGAUCCAUGGACCAAUGGAGACGCUAAGCGCAUUGUAACCAAUGAGGCCUCGGCUUGGGCGGGAUUAAGGGCAGGAAAGGGCCGCUGACUGGACAGGAGUAUCUUACGAAUGGCGGAGACGCUGAGGCGGGUGCUAAACCUAGGCACCUCAGCAAGGUCCGGGGGGGAGGAUACAGCUGAGGCUGGACCGCCUUUGCUGCUGCUUGGCGGCCCAGGGUCUGGAAAGACAGCGCUGCUAUUCGCGGCGGCCCUGGAAGCGGCAGGAGAGGGCCGAGGCCCCGUCCUCUUUCUGACUCGAAGGCCUCUUCAAAGCCUGCCCCGCGGGACCGGCGCAGCAUUCGACCCCUUGCGGCUACAGGAGGUCCGACUAAGAACGCUAUGGGCAGGUUUUCCGUGGAAAGAUUGCCUUAGAUACUUGAAGAUCCGCUUCCAGUACCCACCCUCAACCCAUGAACUCCUUCAGCUUCUGUGCUCUGCCCAUGAGGCCCGCGGUCCAGCCCCCUCCCUGCUGCUACUGGAUGGCCUUGAGGAGUACCUAGUGGAAGACCAGGGACCCCAGGACGCCGCCUACCUGGCUGCGCUGCUUCUGGACACAGCUGCCCACUUCAGCCACCAGACUGGGCCUGGCCAGGGCUGUGGGCUCAUUGUGGCCCUACAGACCCAAGAGGAGGGAGUCAGUGGGGAUGCCCUGCAGGUGUCACUGCUCCAGCGGUAUUUCCCUGCCCGGUGCUGGCUGCAGGCAGAGACACCAGGCCCAGGACAGCACCGCCUCCGAGCCUGCCUGGAUCCAGGUGGGCUGGGGCCUAGGGCAGAGUGGUGCGUGGCUUUCCGACCAAAUGGAGAGAUGACAAUCACCCCGUGGCCUACCCAGGCUGGUAACCUCAGCUUAGACAAAGGUUCAAGCUCUGGAGGCCAGCCUUGAGCUUUGGUGUGUGACAACCUCUCUAUGCCUCAGUUUCCCAUGACUGGAAUACUUACUUCAGGGACACAUGCAGAUUCAAAGACCUAAAGAAUAUAAAAUGCUUUUUCUCAUUUAAAAGUAGCAUUAUCAGGGAACCUGGGUGGCUCAGUUGGUUAAAUGUUGGACUCUUGAUCUUGGCUCAGGUCAUGAUCUCAUGGUUCGUGGGAUCGA